AUGUUCCCCCUAUUCUCUUACGCUUGCGUUGAUUUGGCAGAUGGCUUCUCUGGUUGCAAGGGUUGCGGAUGGCACCUGUCCAUGCCCAUUGGGUGGCCAUCGGCGAACAACAUCAUAUCGUGUCUUCCCAUUCAAGCCCAAAAGUACCAGGGUGCCCUCUACAAGGAGAAGCCAAACAAGCCCAAGAAAUCCAAGUCCGUGACAAUAGCCGAACCCCCGACUUCCUCCAAGCCUACUAGGCCCCCUGACCCUUGGGUUGAAGAUACUUCAGAUGUUGACGAUACCAGAUCUGCCUCCCAUAAUUAUUCUGCCCCUCCGUCCGCUCCAAGCCCCCCCCAGACCACGCCUCAACAGGAACCCGGAAACGCUUCAACCCUUACCACUACGACCCAGCCUAAUGCCCGUGUGAAUGUGUUUGAUUUUCUUGACACGACAGCCACCCCCAAUGCAUCGAAAGUUUCCCUGGGGGGAUCCAAUGCGCCAAUGGUUAUGCUGAAAAAUGCACCCCCGCUUUUCAAUGCGCCUAAGGAGCUUGCAAAACUUGACAAUGGGAGGGACGACGAGGUAAUUUACGAUGUGGCAUUUGAGGAAAACGGCUUCUCCUAUGGCGCGGACACCCUAGAGGCACCACUAUACCAAAACGGAGGUGCAAAUGGAUCCACGGCUUCUUUCAACAGUUUCAUGACCCCGGCUCCAAAGCGGAAUAAGGACCGGACGUCCCGCCGGGAUCGGGAUCGGGAUCGAGACCGGGACCGCGUCACUUCCCCGGACCAGUACCACACUCCUCAUAACAAUCUGACUAGCACAGGUGACAAGAAGCGUAAGCGUGGCCACGUUGAAGACAUUGAUGCCCAGAUGGCCAACUCGACCUCACAUGGCGGUGGCGACAUCCCAAUGAUCGACGCCCCGCCUUCAAGUUCCAUUGCUAACCCAUCAACCCCAACACUGAGCCACUCAGGGCUCACCGGUGGCCUUAAUCGCAUGAUGAGAGACAUUUCCCCACCUACUCCAGACGCGGCCUAUUGCAGCGCCGACGAAGGAGGAGAUGAUGGGCGCUACCAAUUCCAAGACCCAGCAUCGCCUAUCAAACGCACCCGCAGGGCAGAUAGUGACUCUAACCAUAACGGCAGCGGCAGUAACAAUAACAAUAACAGCAACGAUAAGAACAGCAAUGACUCCGUGAACGAAAACGACACCGCGCUCGCGCUCGCGAUCAAGGAUCGCGCAGACCACAUCAUGUCCCUACUCGCCCGCAACGGCAACGUCUUUCCCAAACCCAAACCCAAACAGUACAGCUCGUACCCUGUCUCCAUUGAGGCGGGUAAGGAUGGCAAGCGCCAUAGCCUUGCUGAAGCCAUUAUCCCCCCCGCCGUGGCUGCCGCGGAGGCGCGGCUGGAGAAGAAGAGACAGCGUGCUGCGCUGGCGCAGCCGGAGCGACGGGUGGGGACGAAGAAGAGGGUGGUGGGCGAUGCGGGUGGUAAGAGUUCCGGUGCUGGUGCUGGUGCGGCUACGCGUACCCGCACACGCGCGGGUUCUGGCGCUGGCGCUGGUUCCGGUCGUAGUGGGAAGGAUAAUAAUACCGCCGCCUCACGCCGUCUGAAGGCCAUCGAGUAUCACCCGGACGACGCGGGCGGGAACGUCGCGGAGAAUAAUGCUAACCACGACAAUCAACUCGUCGUUUACGGUGGCGGGAGUAGUAAUGGGGUCAGUGGCGGUUAUAGACGGAGUGAGGAGGACGAGCUCGUGGUUCGCGAGCAGGCGGGUAUGUUUUUAUCGCUUGUGACGAAGGGCCCGGAGUCUGGGAGGGGUUUGUCGGUUCAUAAGGCGUUGAAGCGGUUUCAUCGGGAGGACGGGCUGGGGGGGAUUUUGGAAGGGGACCGUGAUAGGGAAAGGGAGAGGGAGAGGGAAAGAGAAAGAGAAAAGGAUGGGAGGGAGAAGGGGAGAGGGCGCGGACGGAAUAAGGAGGGGAGGGAGAGUAGAGAGCGGGAAAGGGAACGGGGGAGGGAACGGAGGAUCGAGGUAGAGAGGGAGCUGUGGCGGGUAUUGAGGCUGAAGAGGAAUGACCGGGGGGAGAUUGUUGUGUUUGUCUAG